AAGAAGAAGAAGAGAGCCCUCCCAAAGUUCAAGAGUAAAAAGAUGGAAGAAGAAAUCAAAAAGUUAAUCAAGAUAUGGCUAUCAAUCACAGCAUCACUUUGUUACUGUUACUUCAUACCUUCAAGAAUCCCCAAAGGCAAGUACAGACUCCUCUCUCUCCUCCCAAUCCUCUCUCUCUUCACCAUCCUCCCUCUCCACCUCACCUGCGUCUUCCCAAUCGCCGCCAUCACCGGCAUCACUUGGCUUGCAAAUUUGAAGCUCCUCCUCUUCUCCUUCGACCUGGGCCCCCUCUCAUCAAACCCACCAAAGUCCCUCCCUUUCUUCAUCACCUUUGCUUGUCUCCCCACUAGAAUCACCAACCAAAAUCACGAAUCCCAAAUCCCAACAAAACCCAGAAAUUUGGCUCUAAGUUUAGCCAUUGAAAUAGUGAUUCUUUCUCUGUUGAUGGGUGUUUUACAUGAUUACAGAGAAAGAUUAAUACAGCAUGGAAUUGUAUUGGUUCUUCUGUACUGUGUGGUAGUGUUUCUACUGGUUGAUAUUCUUUUUGCAUUUUCAAACGUCGGCGUCUUGCUGGGGCGGGAGAUCGAACCGCCGUCCGAUGAGCCUUACUUGGCAACAUCCCUCCAAGAUUUCUGGGGGAGGAGGUGGAACCUCACCGUAACGAAUAUCAUGCGACACACCGUGUAUAAACCUGUGUGGGCAGGCACGGUGGGGGUAUUGGGCAGACAGUGGGCCCAACUCUUGGGGGUAUUAUCGACUUUUCUCAUAUCGGGCUUAAUGCACGAGCUGUUGUUAUUUUACGUGAUGCAUGUGAGUCCCACGUGGGAAAUUACCGGGUUUUUCGUGCUUCACGGGGUGGGUGUCGCGGCGGAGAAGGGUGUGGAGAGGGCGUUGCCCGGUCGGUGGCAGUUGCACUGGGCAGUUUCGCGGCCGUUGACGGUCGGGUUCGUGGUGGCUACCAGUUUUUGGUUGUUUUUUCCACCACUGAUGAGGAAUAACGUGGAUGCGAGAGCCAUUUAUGAGUUCAAAAUGUUUAUGGACUUCAUGAAAAUGAAGCGAACUCAUAAAUUGAUGUCAUAAUAUGCCAAUUGGACGAUCGCUGUUAAGACUUAUGUGAAACAAAAGGUGAUGGACGAGGUUGAUGACGAUGAUGUGCCCCUAGUUUUCAGGCGCAGUAGCACCACUUCAAAG